UACAUUGAAAACCGGUCUCUCUCGCUCCCUCUGUUUUUUUUUCUCUCCCUCUCUGUACGUCUGUGCUUGUUGCUGCUGUCAUGGCGGGACGAAGCAGAGUUCCGCCGAUGGUGGGCCUGACGGGCCGCGAGUUUCCGGUGGUGGUGGCGGCGACGAGGCCUGGAGUGCCGCUGCCCAUUCUGGUGGAGGAGAUACCUCCAGCGCCAGGCAGGUCUCUCCGCCCCGUUGCGGCUGCUGCGGCCCUUGCGGAGGAACGCCUGGCUGCUCAGCACCGAGAGAUCCAGGCCCUCCUCCUCGACAACCAGCGGCUUGCUGCCACGCACGUUGCCCUCAAGCAGGAGCUCUCCGCCGCCCAGCAGGAGCUCCGCCGCGCCUCCCACCUCGCGGCCGCAUCCCGUGUCGAAGGUGAAGCCCGAUCCCAGGAGCUUUUCGAGAAGACGAUCGGCAUGGAGGCAGAGCUUCGCGCCCUUGAUAAUCUUCGCGCGGAGAUGCAGCAGGUGCGCGCCGAUGUCCAGAAGCUCCGUUCCUCCCGGCAGGAGCUCGACGCCCAGGCCGAUCGCCUCACCCAGGACCUUGCAAGGGCGCGGGCAGACGUGCAGCAGGUUUCGGCGCUCAGGGCGGAGGUUGAGACCAUGCACCAGGAGUUGCAGCGUGGCAGAGCUGCAGUGGAGUAUGAGAAAAAGAUUCAUGCUGAAAAUAUGGAGCAAAGUCAAGCAAUGGAGAAGAAUAUGAUAUCCAUGGCUCGAGAAGUUGAGAAACUGCGUGCUGAACUCGCCAAUGCUGAAAAAAGAGCAUUGGCUGCUGCCGCUGCAUCUGCUGCUGCAAAUCCAGGACCUGGCUACGGUGGAAACUAUGGACCUGAUAUUAGAUAUGGGGGAAACACUUAUGCCGAUGGUUAUGCCAUGCACCAAGGUGGUGUUGAGAGCAUUCCUCAGUAUGGAACUGGAGGUAGUUCAAGGGGGCCAUAUGAUGCACAACUGUCUCACGUCCGUUAGAUUGAAGGCUUGGAGUGAUUUUUACAACAAAAACAACUCAGCUCGAGAAGGAGAUGGCAUACUUCACUAUUUAUGCUUCUGUAUUGAUGAAAAUCAAGCUGGCAAUCUUUUUCAGAGUUCUUUAAAUCAUCCUAGAAUUUGUUCUGAUUUUCUGUGGCCUCUGUUUUGUAUACAAACACCAGUGUAGAUGUUCUAUGUCGAAGUAUCCAGGGUAAUUUUUUGUCAUAAUGCUCAGGAAGGGAUUUUCUUGGUUCUGACAAAUGGCAUUUUUCAGUGAAAAUGGCAAAUAUAGCAUAUCUUCUUUAAAAGAUAUAUAUUAACUUCUAAA